GAGGAUGAGGCUGUUCACCAGCAGGACUUUAGGAAAAAAAAUCAUUCUGGGGAUUAGAUUAGAUUACAAAUAAAUAAUAAUAAUCAAAUUACACAGAUUGUGCCCUUUAAACGUCCCCGGCUUGGUCGACUCUUGACUUCUGGAAGAUGGCGCACGUUUUGACCUUCAACCUGGGAUAUUUAUUCAACCUCGUCCAUCUGUUUGACAAAAGACAAAUCCAUCACUCAAAAUUCUCGCGAUAAAUAACGCUGAUAUAUUAGGACAGAUGGGGGAGCCUCGUCCACUUGGAGUGGCGUUGGGUUUACAUGUGGACCUUGGUGAGCUUUGGAUAAGUCAAGGGUCUCAAAUUUGCACAAGAACUACCCAACCAUGUCGGACGCGGUGAUUAGUUUCCUGAAGGAUUUUUUGGCUGGUGGCAUUGCCGCUGCCAUUUCUAAAACAGCUGUCGCUCCUAUUGAGAGAGUCAAGUUGNGGUUGUAGGUACAGCAUGCCAGCAAACAGAUCACCGCAGAGACACAGUACAAGGGAAUCAUUGACUGUGUGGUUAGGAUCCCAAAGGAACAGGGUUUUCUUUCCUACUGGAGAGGCAACUUGGCUAAUGUAAUCCGUUACUUUCCCACCCAAGCCCUCAAUUUCGCCUUCAAAGACAAGUACAAGAAGAUCUUCCUCGGUGGAGUGGAUCAAAAAAAACAAUUCUGGCGUUACUUCGCUGGUAAUUUGGCAUCUGGCGGUGCCGCUGGCGCAACUUCGCUCUGCUUCGUCUAUCCUCUUGAUUUCGCCAGAACAAGACUUGCUGCAGACAUCGGUAAGGGCCUAGCUGAGAGAGAGUUCUCCGGUCUUGGAAACUGCAUCACCAAGAUUUUCAAAUCCGAUGGUCUCAGAGGUCUUUACCAAGGAUUCAACGUGUCAGUUCAGGGUAUUAUCAUCUACAGAGCGGCCUACUUCGGAUGCUUCGACACAGCUAAAGGCAUGCUACCGGAUCCCAAGAACACACACAUUGUCAUCAGCUGGAUGAUUGCCCAGACUGUCACCGCUGCAGCCGGGAUCAUCUCGUAUCCCUUCGACACCGUUAGACGACGUAUGAUGAUGCAGUCUGGACGUAAAGGAGCUGACAUCAUGUACAAGGGCACAAUCGACUGCUGGAGGAAGAUCCUCAAGGACGAGGGAGGAAGAGCCUUUUUCAAGGGUGCCUGGUCCAACGUAAUCAGAGGCAUGGGUGGUGCCUUUGUGUUGGUGCUGUAUGAUGAGAUCAAGAAAUACGCAUAUUAAACUUUAUAAUAUCACAGUCCCCAAGUAAACCGUUCAUUUGGUUUGAGUCCUAGUUCUUGUGAUAAAGUGAUAACGGCUUGUGAUAAAUUACAAUGUGGGCAUGUGGUCUUCUACAACAGCCCAGGAAAUACCUGUAUACCGUAGGUAUACUUCACCUGGGGUAACGUGCCUCCUCCAAAAUCUGUAUAUGUCCCAUAUGCGAUGUGCCAACAGGCAGAAAGUCUUUCAGCAUGUCACAUUCAAGCCAGUGGUUCAGUUGGGAAGCACUGAUGAUGCAAAGGAUGACAUCACUACCUAUCAUAUGCUCCUCAUUUUAGUUUGUGAGGCAGUUGCUGAGACUCGUGUGUUGUCAUGUUAUGAUGACUUUGACCCAUGUAUACAACCUCAUGCAUAAUUUUAUUAAGAAUAAAGAUUUAUUAGUCUGAUAGUUCAAUGUUUCUGAUGGAAACUGUCAUCUGCAGCCAAUAUCCACAAACUUUAAAUUUAACAAGGUCACAUGAAUUAGAUUUGGCAAAACUCUGUUCAUACAUGUUACUUGCUCUGACACCUGCAUUACUGGCAAAAGAUAUUAAGCAAAAAAAAGUAGCUGAAACCAAAGCAUUUUGGUUUAUUAUAAUUUAAUCACAAGUACCAGAAAACUACACUGAAUAGUUAAGUAUACAAUAUCAUAGCUUUAAAAAAAA